UAAAUGAAGCUCGGAAUUGGGAGGAAUGAAUGUAGAACGACAACUGGUGCUGCACAACUCCACGCGCUCAUUUGCUGCUGACCAUCAGCUUUUUUUUUUUUGUUUUCACCUUUCUUCUUUUUGCUAAAGUUGAUUUGGACUCUAUCUAACCCCUUUUCGCGGUUGCUGCGUUGUAAUGAGAUGUAAUCUUCUCCACAAUUAUUCUCUCUACUCUUCCCUAUUGGCGAAACACUCACUGGCUGCAUUUUGUAAUCUCAUGUAUGAUGUAUCCCCCCAGAAUCUGCUAUGAUUCUUGACUGAUACCAUACCAGAUUAGGUUUCAGCAGCUUCGUCGUCGAAUGGGUUUCAGCUAUUAUUAGACAAACCAAACAGGAAGUCCUGACUGCUAACUGGAUUUUCAGAAAAUGGCGGAAUCUGUUUCACGUAGUCAGGAGUUCAGGUCCCUCGGCUCGACUCCAACUUGGUCUGUCUGCGCGGUGUUGACUGUGUUCGUCGCUAUUUCACUGCUAGUCGAGCGUUCAAUUUACCGCCUCUGUAAUUGGUUGAAGAAAACAGAUAGAAAGCCUUUACUUGCAGCGGUCGAGAAAAUGAAGGAAGAGUUGAUGCUUCUUGGCUUCAUAUCUCUCCUCCUCACGGCAACCUCGAAACUCAUUUCUACUAUAUGCAUACCCUCAAAGUUCUACAAUCCGAUGUUUGCUCCGUGCACUGAAAGUGAAGAUAAGGUAGACAGGGACAAUGAUGAUUCAAAGGAGCGGAAACUCUUGAUGACUUUCAUGGAUUCUCACUUGCAUAGGAGGAUGCUGUCGGGCCUAAACCAGAAUAAGUGCUCAAAGGGCUACGAACCAUUUGUGUCGUACGAGGGACUUGAGCAGCUCCAUCGUUUCAUUUUUGUUAUGGCAGUGACGCAUAUAACUUACAGCUGCUUAACAAUGCUGCUCGCGAUUGUUAAGGUUCACAGUUGGAGAGGAUGGGAGGAAGAAGCUCACUUGGAUAGAAACAAUUCACUACGCGAAAUCACCAGAGCCCUGACAAUGCGGAGGCAGUCGACUUUUGUGAGAGUUCAUACCUCAAAUCCUAUGGACAGGAACAGUAUUCUUGUUUGGGUGACUUGUUUCUUUCGCCAGUUUGGAAAAUCAGUCGUGCGUGCUGAUUACCUCACUCUACGCCAGGGAUUUAUCUCAAAUCACAACCUCACAUCGAAAUAUGAUUUUCACAGCUAUAUGAUUCGCUCGAUGGAAGAAGAAUUUCAACGAAUAGUUGGUGUCAGUGCUCCGCUGUGGGGAUUCGUUGUGGCUUUUAUGCUGUUUAAUGUGAAAGGAUCAAAUCUCUAUUUCUGGAUUGCACUUAUACCCGCCACUCUCGUUCUGCUCGUGGGCACGAAACUGCAGCACGUUAUCGCAACCUUGGCUUUAGAGAGUGCCGGAAUAAGUGGGAAUUUUUCAGAUUCGAAGUUAAAGCCACGGGACGAGCUGUUUUGGUUUAAUAAGCCCGAAAUGUUGCUGUCCCUCAUUCAUUUCAUCCUUUUUCAGAAUGCAUUCGAACUCGCUUCGUUCUUCUGGUUCUGGUGGCAAUUCGGGUAUAAUUCUUGCUUCAUCCGGAACCACACCCUCUUGUAUCUCCGACUUCUUGUCGGGUUUGCGGCGCAAUUUUUAUGCAGCUACAGCACGUUGCCACUCUACGCGUUGGUCACUCAGAUGGGCUCAAACUAUAAACCAGCACUACUCCCGCAAAGAAUCCGUGAUACAAUGCACGGAUGGGGAAAGGCUGUGAGGAGGAGAAGACGGAUGGGCGUAUUCACUGACGAAUCGACCAUCCACACGGACACAAGCACGGUAGCGUCGGUAGAUGACGAAAAUGACGACGACAGCAAUCAAGCGAUGGAUAGUCCUCCGUUUGCCCCUCAGCCGGAUGUCGAGGUCGAGCUGCGGCAAAUGGCUGCUGUUGUUAUCAAUGACGACUUUCCGGUCGCGAACGAGACUUCGAGUCGAGUCGGAACGCCUCUUCUACGGCCCUUUAGCACGGGUUCUUCCCCAGUUUCUCAGGUAAUCGCGGCGGAGAUGGCGCCGAGAUCGUCGUCGAUGCCACAUUAGGAUACAAAGAAAUAUCAAAAAGUGUUUGCAAGUAUAAAGAAAAAGAAGUCAUAGAUAUGUGGCAGGAACUUAAUACUUUGCAAAUUAGGCUCGAACAAGUUCAUAUGUGACAGGUGAUCUGAGAUAGCAAGUGAUUUGAGCAGUUGGGUUUGAGAGUGUUUGAUAUUUGGGGUUGUGAUUAUGUUACUUAAUUGCUGUAUACACAAAUAUGGGUGAAAUCAGCCUAGAUUAGUAACUAGAAGUCAUCUUCACUAUAGUCUAAUUAUUUCCAUUUCAUCUGGGGGAAAAUGUGUUAAUAUAUACAUGUAAAUUACGAGUA